GCUAUUUAAACCCAGAUGUUCAGAUGCCCACCCAGCCUGGUUCUCACCCUCAUUCUUCGACUGACCUUCAUUCUUCUGCACUCUUCCAGAAUGGGAGGACCUCUGGCAGUCAGCAUUUUAAUUUGUCUCCUGACUUCUAGUGUCGGUUAUCCACUAAUAAAGGGGAAGCCGGAUGAUAAACAUUUUAACCAUGUUAAAAACACAACUUCCAAAACACCAGAGCUGGCCCCUCAUUGCACAGCGGACGGGUUUGGAGCAAUAAUGUUGGAUGAUAAAGGAGUGAUGCAUUUCUUCAGAGAUGAAUAUGUUUGGACUGGAUUUCACGGACUUGCACAGCUUAUUAAUGAGACUUGGGUUGGUCUGGAUGGACCUGUGGAUGCUGCAUUCAGAGUACACAGUAAGGAGCAACCAUUGGCUCAUCAAAGGAUGUACGUCUUUAAGGGCAGCCAGGUAUGGAGCUUCUUUGAAGGACGUUUAUUGGUCGGUUUCCCCCGUAACAUCAGCCUGGAGUUCCCUGGGGUACCAGACAACCUCGAUGCCGCGGUGGAGUGCCACUUAGGGGAGUGCAAGACAGAAAGUGUUAUAUUCUUCAAAGAUGAUACAGUGUAUAUAUACAGCCCUCGGGAAGUCCCUGCAGUAAAGAUACGGCACUGGACAGCUCUGGGCCCGUGUUCGGCUGCUGUCCGUUGGAUGGAGAAGUAUUUCUGUUUCAAAGGUGUAAAUUUUACCCGGUUUAACCCUGUGACUGGAGAGGUUUUGUCACCAAAGCUCUUGGACACCAGAGACUACUUUGUGAGAUGUGCUGGACGAGGUCAUGGAAGUAAACAGAAUUACUCACAUUCGUCUAUUAUAAACCGAUGCAGUGGGCAGUCCUUUGAGGCAUUCACAUCAGAUGACAAAGGCAGGACCUACGCAUUUCGAGGGGGCUGGUAUAUCCGUGUGGACAGCGUUAAAGAUGGCUGGCAUGCAUGGCCUCUCAACCACACAUGGAGGACACUACAUGGCCAGGUGGAUGCCGUCUUUAACUGGGAGAACAGGAUGUACUUUAUUCAGGGAUCCCAGGUCAUUACUUACGUAACUGAUCAAUUAUAUAUCCCCGUUCUGGGGUAUCCCAAGUCUGUGCAUGAAGAGCUGGGCGUGACCGGAAUAGACGCAGCCUUCACCUGUCCAUCAUCCAGUAAACUGUACGUUAUUAAAGGUAACACUUUGACCAUGGUGGACCUCGUGCAGAGCCCCCGAGUUGCCAGAGACAAUAAGACCAUUGCUAUAAGUCAGGUGGACAGUGCCAUGUGCAAUGAACAUGGGAUCUACCUUUUCCAGGGCCCUCACUAUUACUGGUACAAGGAUGUGGCAGAACUGGAAGCUGCUACAGAACUCCCCAAAGUUGGCAUCGUCACCACUCAGUUUUUUGACUGUUAGAAGCAGAUUGUGUAUGGAGAGGGACUUUCUAUGAUUGUUCCAGUAAUGAUGAGGAUGUGUCAUUCUGUCCUAAAAUUAUUUGCUAAUUUGUAUUAUAGUGAGAUAUGUUCUAAGGUUGUUGUGGUCAUUCUGGAUUUAUUUACGUUAUCGUUCACUUGCUCUCAUUUUGUAAUUCAUUAACACUGUAUCCUUCAAUCUUUACCGAAUUGAUCUACUAAUAAACAUGGAAUGGAAAUCCUGA